GGACUGGGAGGGACGGAAGGGCAGGGGGUGAGCAAAGGGGCUGGACCCUGGCUGCUGUGGCCUCCCCUGACCCCCUCCCCCCGCUGCUGGGUUCCUCGGGCAAGCCCCCUUCUCACUGGACUGAAACAUGAGGCUGAGCUGGGUCCUGACAGUAUUGUCCAUCUGCCUGAGCGCCCUGGUCACGGCCGCUGGGGCCGAGGGCAAACGGAAGCUGCAGAUCGGAGUCAAGAAACGGGUAGACCACUGUCCCAUCAAAUCACGCAAAGGGGACGUCCUGCACAUGCACUACACGGGUAAGCUGGAAGAUGGAACAGAGUUUGACAGCAGCCUGCCCCAGAACCAGCCCUUUGUCUUCUCCCUGGGCACGGGCCAGGUCAUCAAGGGCUGGGACCAGGGGCUGCUAGGGAUGUGUGAGGGGGAAAAGCGGAAGUUGGUGAUCCCAUCAGAGCUAGGGUACGGAGAGCGGGGAGCUCCCCCAAAGAUUCCAGGCGGUGCAACCUUGGUGUUCGAGGUGGAGCUGCUCAAAAUCGAGCGACGUUCAGAACUGUAGCCAAACUGGGGCGGGGUGGUGGAGAGGCCCCCAUCAGGGACCAGACUGUUUAAAGAAAGAAAAAAACUUUAAAGCCCA